AUGGAUGGGGCGAACCAGACAGCUGUGACGGAGUACGUCCUGCUGGGGCUCCACGAGCACCCUCGUCUGGAGAUGGUCCUGUCUGUGCUCUGCCUGGGCGUCUACUUUGUGAAUGUGCUGGGGAACUCCCUCCUCAUAGGGCUGAGCACACUGGACCCGCGCCUGCACAGUGCCAUGUACUUCUUUCUCAGCAACCUCUCUCUCCUGGACAUCUGUGGCACCUCCUCCUUUGUGCCUCUCAUGCUAGUCAACUUCCUGGAAGCCCAGAGGACCAUCUCCUUCCCUGGCUGUGCCCUACAGAUGUACCUGACCCUGGCGCUGGGAUCUACAGAGUGCCUGCUCCUGGCCGUGAUGGCAUACGACCGUUAUGUGGCUAUCUGCCAGCCACUCAGGUAUCCAGAGCUCAUGAGUGGGCAGACGUGCAUGCGGAUGGCAGUGCUGAGCUGGGGGACAGGCUUUGCCAACUCACUGCUGCAGUCCACCCUCACCUGGCGCCUCCCCUUCUGUGGCCACAACAUCAUCAACCACUUCUUCUGUGAGAUCUUGGCAGUGCUGAAACUGGCCUGUGGAGACAUCUCCCUCAAUGCGCUGGUAUUAAUGGCAGCCACAGUUGUCCUGACGCUGGCCCCACUCCUGCUCAUCUGCCUGUCCUACAUGUUCAUCCUGACUGCCAUCCUUAGGGUGCCCUCUGCUGCAGGCCGGCGCAAAGCCUUUUCCACCUGCUCUGCCCACCUCACAGUGGUGGUAGUUUUCUACGGGACCAUCUCCUUCAUGUACUUCAAGCCCAAGGUCAAGGACCCCAACUUGGAUAAGAUUAUCGCAUUGUUCUAUGGGGUCAUGACACCCUCACUUAACCCCAUCAUCUACAGCCUGAGGAACACGGAGGUGAAAGCUGCUGCCAUAGCUCUGCUGCAGGGAGGUCUGCUCUCCAGGAAAAUGUCUCAUCUUUACUGUUGCGCUCCAUCUCUGUCAGCAUAG